ACAUGUUACCGGGUCACUCGGUUUGGGAACAGAAAUGGCUGAAUGGGAUCGUUGGUUUAUAACAACCGAUGAUAGGGUUAAGCAUGACGCCCAAUUUCAGUUUCUCAAGCCUGUUAGUGGUUACAUAACAGGGGAACAAGCAAAAGCCUUCUUUAUGAAAUCAGGUCUUUCUGUUAUGGUGUUGGGGCAGAUAUGGUCUCUUGCAGACAUGGAUAUGGAUGGAAAAAUGGACAAAAAGGAGUUCUCAAUAGCCAUGUUCCUCAUAAAGAAGGCCCUAGAAGGCACACCUUUGCCACUUACUCUACCUUUAGGCCUGAAGAAUGAUCCUCAACCUGCGUUCGUGAUGUCGGGGUCUACACUAGCCCUGAGUUUGGUAACCAAUUCAGGUCAAAAUGGUUUAUCUUCUGUGUCGUCGUCAAAUGGACAUGAUUCUAACUUUUCAUCCACAGCUUAUCAAGAUUGGGUUAUAUCACAAAACAAUCGUCCGCGCUAUCGACUUCUUUUCAAUCAGCAUGAUCGCAAUAAACGUGGUUUUCUAACUGGUGUAGAAGCCAGAAGUAUUCUCCUACAAUAUGGUCUUUCAAAUCCUGUACUUGCUCAUAUCUGGAAUCUUGCAGAUUUGGAUAAGGAUGGCAAUUUAAAUUGUGAUGAAUUUUGUAUUGCUAUAUUCCUGAUCGAAAAAGCACUUUCUGGAUCUCAACUCCCUAGUACGCUUCCGCCUGGUCUUCUGCCUUCUAAUCAAACACGCCCAUUUAGCAAUUCAAUAUCACCUGCCAAUGUUAGUUCUAAAGAAGAUGAUAAUGAAAGCAAAGAAAACAAACCAUCGUCUCUUAGUUUUGAAGACAAACGAAGAGAAAAUUUCCGACAGGGUCAGGCAGAACUGGAUCGACGGAAACAGGAGUUGGCAGAAAAGAUGCGCCAAGAAGAGGAAAUUCGUUUGGAAAAUGAGCGACUGGAAAGAGAAAAACAGCAGAAACUACGCUUGGAGAAAGAGCGCCAACAGGCGGCGGAAGCUGAAAAACAGGCUGAACUUGCACGACAGCUUGAAGCGCAACGAGAACAACGUCGUCGUCAAGCUGUUGAGCAAAGGAUGAAAGCUGCACGGGAGGCUGAAAAGCAGCGUCAAAUAGAGUCAGAGCGCCUUCGUACUGAAGCUCUUUUAAAGGAACGAAAUCAUGUACAAACUCUGUUGGAGCAAGCUGUUGCGCAUCGUGCAAGUCUACUUGAAUCAGCAUCAUCUCAACAACAACGUUUAUCCGAAUUAGAUUCGCGUCUAACAGUUGCACAAACUGAAGUUGAUUCUCAUAAAACAGUUAUUAAUGAAAUGCGUGGUAAACGCGAUGCCUAUGAACGUGAUAUACGAGAUAUGACUGAACAAAUGGAAGCUGCCAAAGCGGAAUUGACACACUGGCAAAGAGAAAAAGAGCAGUUAAGCUUGCGUAUGGCAGCUGGAGUGGAUAUGAAUCCCGUUAUGGAACAAUAUAAGACAUUACAGUCAAUGCGUGAGGCACGUAUUAAAACAAUUGAACAACUACGGAAUAAAUUAAAUGAAUUAGAUCAGAAUAUGACCCAGCAAGGUCAUGAAUUAGCUACUAGACGAAAUAAAAUCGAUGAUUCACAACGACGCGUUACUCGUGUUAUGCUUGAUUUAGUUGAUUUACGGCAUUCGGUUGAACAAAAAAUGCAAACAUAUAAAUCAAGAAAAAAGAACACAGAGUUGUCCACAUCCAAUUCAACUACUGCAUCAAGUAAUCAAAAGGAAUUGUACGAAGCAAUGUUUGAUUUCACCGCUAGACAUCCUGAUGAGUUAUCGUUCACAGCUGGAACUCUAAUUGAUGUUUUUCUGAAUGCGCCUAUCAAUGUAGGCCCAGGUUGGUUGUAUGGUCAGAUUAAUGAUAAAGUUGGCUUAUUCCCUGAAUCGUAUGCCAGAAAAAAAGUGGAUGGGAAAAUUGACCCGUUUGAUCCUUUUGGUGUUCAUAAAGUAACGAACAUCUCUAAUCCGGUUACAACUACUACAUCAACAACAUCUGCCAUUGCAAAUAAUUCUCCUUUUGAUCCCGUCAAUGUAACUAAUACUGUCAGUUCAACUGAACCUGUAGAUGGUUUGGUCAAAGAUGAAUCAUUAAAAAAUCCUGGUGAUGAGUCUUUGCGAGAGGUGCAGAACAACUGGGACGCUUCACAAUGUGCGCAAGUAUUACCUGUAGAUGUGCAGCCGGAUCAGCUGCUAACUUUAAAAAGUGGAGAUCAGGUUAAAAUCAGCAAAGAGAGUGAAAAUAAAGAGUGGCUGUAUGGUGAAGUUGUUGAGAAGUCCGGCAUUAUCAGGCAAGGUUGGCUACCAGUUUCUUGUUUGAAACCAAUCACCAAAACUACUUCUGAUUUAAAAAACGGACUGAAUGUCACACCUAAAUUGCCAUCUGAUUCACCUAUACAGCAGUCGAGCAACAUCCUUUUCUCAUGUGUAGCCUUGUAUCCUUACGAAUCCAAUGUACCUGGUGAUUUAAAUCUAUCUGUCGGUGAUCUAAUCAGAGUAUAUGUAAUUAAAGAUGAUUGGUGGGAGGGCAUGUGUGAAAGAACUAAACUCCACGGUUUAUUCCCAGCAAAUUACGUUCGUAAACUAAGUAAAGAAGAAAAUCGAUCAAUGGAGGAAAAAUUAGGCAUUAAUAGACCAGUCGUGGAACAAACUGAAAAUAACAAAACAGCGACAUCGUUGCCUCAGUCAAAGUCAACUCCUGUAGCAUCACCAAAACCAGAGGAUCAAGGUUCUAAUGAUCGAACGAUGGGCCAAUUGCCUUCAUCGAAUGCAUCAUCCUCGCCUUCAUCAUGUGGUGUUGUUGUUUGUACUCAACCAGAGUUCGCUCGAGUCAUUGCACCAUAUAAAGCUACUUCAGCUGGUCAACUAAGUCUUCAACCUGGUCAAGUGGUACAACUUCGUAAAAGGUCACCCAAAGGCUGGUGGGAAGGCGAAUUACAGCAAAGAGGUCAUAUCCGUCAAAUAGGCUGGUUCCCUGCAGAUUUCGUUCGACUCAUUUCACCUCUGACUGUUAACGGUACAUCCGAUAUACCUAGUCCUGUAUUAUCCAAAGAUCAAAUUGCAUCAAAAGCAACUAAUUCCACUAACAAUCUAACCGAAAAUAGCCCUAAUAGUUUAAAGGUAUUAGCAUCUAAAGCAGUUACUUCAAAUAAUAACGAAAAUGAUCAAAGUCAACCGGUACAGUCUAGUCAUGUGGAAAUGAUGCAAACGAUAUUUAGUUACAAAGCAGUUCAUGCGGAUGAACUCACAUUUGAUGAAGGCGCUAUUAUCACUGUUCUUGGUCGAGAUGAACCUGAAUGGUGGCGUGGUCGUCUUCAAAGUUCUGGUGCUGAAGGCCUUUUCCCUGUCAAUUAUGUUCGUCCUUAUAAACCUCCCCCUCAAACGGAGAAGUCUUCAAGUCAACGUUUAAGUUCUGCUAUUCCUAAUCCGACGGACACUGAUAUUUCUAGGAAAGUGCGUGAACGUGAUUUCGCUGUGAAAGAACUCAUUGAAACUGAACUAGCUUACAAUCAAAGCUUGAUCGAAGUGAGAGAUGUUUUCUAUAAACCGUUAAAAGCUGCUAAGCUACUUAAUGCACAAUUGCUGGAUGACAUUUUUCCUCAUUGGGAUGAACUGAUAGAAACGUCAACUGAAUUAUGCCAGGAUUUAAAAAAUUAUGUUGAAACUGGUAGUCCUGUUGAGACGAUUGGACAAAUCCUCUUGAAACAUAUGGUUAAGUUUAAAGUCUACCGCCUCUAUUGUAUCAGACAACGAGUAGCAUGUGAAACUUUACAACAGUGUCUAUCGUCUAAUUAUCGUUUAAAUCAAUUGGUGAAAAUAUUUGAGAAGAAUACAAAAACUAAAGGCUUACCACUGUCAUCAUAUCUGUUGAAACCUAUGCAGCGUGUAACAAAAUAUAAACUCAUAGUAGAAAAGAUUGUCGCAAAUACAGAUCCAUCGUACCCUAACUACGGGGAUUUUUCCAAGGCUCACGAUUUGAUAUGUUCACUUUUGCGGUCAAUCGAUCAUGCCAUUGGGUCUAAAGAUAAACAUCAAAUAAUUGACUGGUUUCGUUCACGAUUAGUUGGCGCAGAUAAAUGGCUUUUGGAUUGGUUAUCUUCAGCCGGCUAUGCAGCAAUUAAUCAUAAUAAUAAUAAUGAUAAACCAUGUUUGGUUCAUUGUGGUACACUGUAUAAGGCUAAAAACAAUCGAGAGUUCAUCUGCUUUCUAUUCAACAAAUACUUAAUUCUGACUACACCAAAUUAUAAUACUAAUGGGCAGUUAUUUGAAUUACCGUCUACAAAUGAGCGUAAUUUGAAAUGGUCGUUUACACUAUACAAAGAACCAUUAGCUCUUAAUCAAAUUUACGUAUUAAAAGGAUCAUUUAGGCGAUCGGUUGCAUCGACAUCCAAUAGCUUUUCAUCAAUACCGCCUUAUUCUGCACCGUUUGAUAAAUCUUCAAAUGAUGAAAUGACCAGUGAAAUGGUUCGAAGUGCAUCCACUUCUACACUGACUGAAUCAUCGAAUAAUUUUACAAUGAAUGCUAGACAUUCAUCAGAAAUUAAAAAUGAAACAGAAAGUAUUUUCUCCCUACUGAAAAGACGAAACUCUUGGCAUCCUAUAGUGACACUGAAGGCCCCAUCGAACCAACUAUGCGAUCUUUGGGUAUCGAUUUUAAGAGAAACUAUUCGGGCGGAAAAUAGUUCGUCUAACGCAUUGGUCUCAGUUUCACGGUCAAUCAAAAGCGAAUACCCAAAACGUCUAUUAUUUACAAUUUUAAAAGUUAGCACGACUAACACCCAAGAUAAAUUUGAAGUUCACUUCAAGAUUAGUAUUACUGAUCAAAUGUGGAAAUUUUGUCAAAUUUACACAAAUCAAUCAAAUGAAUCUAAGCCAUCAGAGUCAUUAACUUUCCUUGUUCCUGAAUCAUCUGAUAAAUGCUUGCAUAUAAGUGCAUUCAACGCGUUACCUUUCACGCCAUCGAACGUGAUUGGAUCGUCCACUAUGUCGUUCAAAAGUAUUUUCACCAAUUUUCCACCAUCAUCCUGUGAGCAAGUAGUCAAUAAGCAAAUUGUUCUGGAUCAAUCUACUCUUGGUCUGACAGUUUAUUUUCAUAUAGAAUUAAUCACUUGACGCUUGAUGGAUGAUACACGGUUAGAGGAAUAAUAACAACAUUAAUUAUAAGAAAACAAUCUCGUUUUUGAAAAUAUUUUGUUUAUAUAUACAUAUUUAUGGAGUAUAAUUUUUCUUUUUUUUGUUUUCUUAACUUACUUAUUUUUUCGCCAUUUUAUCUCCUGAAUUUAUUUAUAUCGAUUUAUUUAUUAUUCAUUUUCAAGUGUUUUAGCAGCAACAGUAGCAGCAUCAUUUGAUUGCACUGAUCAGUUUUCACCUUUUAUAGAAGGACAGACACUUUCUUUUUCAACGAUGAUUUCUAAUCCUUUAUUAUUAUUAUUAUUAUUAUUAUUAUUAUUACUAUUAUUUUCGUGAUUUAUGCCAUCUCAUGUAGUCCUAUGGAAUUAGCGGCUCUACACAAUUUGAUUUUUGAUAUUAAACAUGCUCGAAAAUACGACAAACAAGACUAACUAUCCUAGACGCACAAUAAAUAUUUUCUCUUCUUUUCAUGCCUUUGUUUUGAUUUGACUUAAUAAUCAUAAUAUUUUGUUUUUGUUGUGUGUGUGUCUGUUAAUCAACCAGACAGACAUGCACACACGGGCUUUAUUUUAGACAUACAUCAUAUAUAUAUUGUGAUUGAUACACUCUGACGAUCUCAUAAAAUGCUCAACCC